AUGGCGGAGAACGAGCACCACAGCGCGAUGCUCAUGGCGCAGGGCGCAAUGGACCUCAACCCCGUGCCAUGGACCGAGCACACGGCGCCGGACGGACGCAAGUACUACUACAAUGCGUCCACGGGCGAGUCGACGUGGGAGCGCCCGGCCGAGCUCAGCGCGCCGCAGCAGGCCGCACCGGCCCAGCAAGUCCGCCCGCAGCAGCAGCAGCAACAGCAGCAGCAGCAAGUCGCGCCUGCUCAGGUCGCCAACCCGCAGCUCCAGCAAGGCGCGAUCAACCCGGCCACUGCUGCCGGCCCCGUCGCUGGCCAGCAGGCCUUCCAGGGCCAGCCCGGCCAGAUGCCGCAGUACAUGCAAGGCGGCUACGGCGCCGCGGGCUAUCCGCAGCCGUACGGCCAGCCGAUGACGUACCCUCCGUACGCUCAGGGUGGCUACAUGUACCCGUACGCCCAGCCUUACGGCUACGCGCCUCAGGUGGCGGGUCCCGGUCCUCCGAUCCAGACGACCGAGAGUGGGCAAGGACCCCCUGGUUGCAAUUUAUUCGUGUUUCAUAUUCCAAAUGAUAUGACCAACCAGGACCUCUUCAACUACUUUGCGACGUUCGGUAACGUCAUCUCGGCGCGCAUCAUGGUCGAGAAGGAGACGGGCCGCAGCCGUGGCUUUGGCUUUGUGAGCUACGACAAUGCGCCGUCUGCCGACGCUGCCAUCAAGGGCAUGAACGGCUUCCAGGUCGGCCGCAAGCGGUUGAAGGUCCAGCACAAGAAGGAGAAGGGUGGCAUGUACGAGGACGACAUGGACCAAGGCGGCGCUGUCGCGGGCCAAUAA